AUGGCGACCAUCGAUCCUGACUUCCCGUGUUCACUGGUCAUUCAUAUCCCCUUCCCAACCCGUCGUCUUGCCGAAGCUGCUCUACGCUCGCUGGCUGUUGAUGAGGAACUUUCGCCGCUUGUCAAACGCUCUUUCAGCCUCACAACUGUCAACCAAGAUAGCGCAGCAGACGCAAUAAAGGACUUGACCAUCUCCAGCAGCAGCGGCUCUAGUGACUCCAAGCAACUGGAUGCAGCAACCACAUCGAAGAGCGCCAACUCCGGCACCUUCGGCGACUUCACCGACGACGAGUCGAGGAGAGUCCUCCGUGUAGACUACAAAGCUUCCACAAAUCGCAUGCUCCGCGUCGCGGUCAAUGGCUUCUUCGAGUCACUUGGCGUCAUCAUCCAGGUUAUGGAGGAGCUCGACACCGAUGUCUUGCACGAGAAGGGCCUCGAAAGCCUUGAGGGUGCCCAAGGCAUCGAGCAAGGCAUGACUGGAGUUGCCGUGGCUGGAGUGUGA